AUGUGCAUGAUAAGGGUCCGCCCCGAACCUGGGGAGGAGGAGCAAGUGUCAGUGCCAGCGAGGCUCGCGUACCGCAGUCGGACGGCCAGUCAACAUAGCGAAAUCCAGGAAACGGCCGUGGUCCAAACGGUCAAAGCCCCGCCACCACCACCCUCAACCCUCUCCCUCGACAACAACCGCGAAGUAACCACCAUAAUACAAGCUCCCGAGCCGCCGGCGUUGGUAGUUGGCGGCACCGCAGGUGGCGAGAUGGUCCGCUAUGAUCACUAUAGAGCUAGCGUCGUGAGUACACAUAGUCGGGACUAUUACGUCGACUCGAGCGCGUAUGCUAGACGAUCGCCGAGGAGUUCGUAUCGGUAUGUUGACGGGCGGGGGUCUGGAAGAGUGGAUGCUUUCGGCGUUGGUGGGAGUGGAAGGAAGGAGUUGGAUUACGGACGGGGGUCUGGAAGAGUGGAUGGUUUCGGCACUGGUGGGAGUGGAAGGAAGGAGUUGGAUUACGGGUGGGGGGAUAGGUAUGGGUACAAUAAUUACCAUGGGAGGAGGAGUGGUAGCGCCAGUUACGCCAAUCCGAGGCAUUCUACGGCUUCGCAUAGGUCUGCACGAUCCAUGAGAGAGAAGGUGGUCAUUGCUGAAGGGUAUGGGGGGGAGAAGCUGUAU